UUCAGUCGGGUCCACAGUCAAAUUUCAAAUGUCAAUCAACAGCCUAACCUAAUUUAAAAAAUGAAAGUUAAAUUGUUUAGGCUCUUAAAUUAAUUAUUAUCAAGUAUUUCUCUAAUACUUUUUAAAAUGGUACAUAUUUUAAGAAUCGUAAAUAAUGUGCACAAAUCAUUUGUAAGAAACAAAACUCCAUCAAAAAGUUGUAUGAGUCGAAAGUAUACAUCUCAAUCUUCAAGUUUACCAAUUGAAAUUAGAAGGAUUAGAAAUUUUAGUAUAGUUGCUCAUGUAGAUCAUGGCAAAAGUACUUUAGCAGAUCGCUUCUUAGAACUAACAGGAGCAAUCAAGCCCGGUAAAGAAAAUGCGCAAGUUUUAGAUCAGCUACAGGUCGAGAAAGAAAGAGGAAUUACAGUAAAAGCUGUAACAGCUUCAUUGAAUUAUACAUAUGAAAAUGAAUCAUAUUUAUUAAAUCUUAUUGAUACUCCAGGUCAUGUAGACUUUUCAAAUGAAGUGGUACGCAGUGUUACUGCUUGUCAAGGAGUUAUAUUUUUGGUUGAUGCAAAUGAAGGCAUACAAGCUCAAACUGUGGCAGUACAUUCCCUUGCCAAAAAGAACAAUUUAACUAUCAUACCAACACUGAAUAAAGUAGAUUUGCCAAGAGCAAAUCCAGAGAAGGUUAAAGCACAACUCAAAUCUGUUUUCAAAAUUAAUUCUGAUGCAGUGCUAAGUAUUUCGGCUAAAAAAGGAUGGGGUGUGCAAGAGCUACUAGAAGCGAUAAUAACCAGAAUACCACCUCCAAAUGUUACUUUAAAUGAUCAUUUUAGAGCUCAUAUAAUCGACACCUGGCAUGACAAGUAUAGAGGUGUUCUGUGUUUAGCUUAUAUUCAUUCAGGAACUCUUAAAAUGGGACAGACUGUUAAGUGGAGAUCAGAUGUAAAACAACACACUGUGAAAUAUCUAGCACUUCUCCGGCCUAGUGAAGAGAAUAUAAGUGAAGCUAUUGCUGGACAAGUAGUCAUGGUAGGUCUUGGUCCCAAAGGCGGAGGUAGUGUGGGAGACAUGUUAUAUGCACUCGAAGCAGAUCAUAACCAAGAGCCUUCUUCAGUAACAGCUGUGAAGCAUAUGGUCUACGCUGGAAUAUUUCCUGCUGAUCAAUCUCAACAUCCUCAACUUAGCGAUUCUAUCAAAAAGUUGGCUCUUAAUGACUCGGCUGUCAGCAUAAGCGUAGAUUCUAGCCCAGCUCUGGGUCAGGGAUGGCGUGUGGGAUUCUUAGGACUGCUACACCUUGAUGUGUUUACCCAGCGACUGUUGCAAGAAUAUAAAGCAGAAGCUAUACUGACAGCUCCCUCUGUCCCUUAUAAAGUAAAGGUAAAAGGCGCAAAAGUUAUUAAGCAGUAUAGAGGUGAAGAAGUUAUUGUAACGAAUCCACUGCAACUUCCUGAUGUAAAAAAUAUAGCCGAAUAUUACGAACCAUUCGUUAUAGGUACAAUAAUAACACCAGUUGAAUAUCUAGGUGCAGUUAAUACCUUGUGCAUAGAUCGUCGAGGCUCCCCUCUUCCCUCUAGCUCCGUGGACGACACUAUGACUAUGUUACAAUACAUUUUACCUCUUUCUGAAGUAGUUAUGGACUUCCACGACACCCUUAAGAGUAUCACUUCUGGUUUUGCAAGCUUUGAUUAUCAAGAUUAUGGAUUUCAUCCUAGCCCUUUAGUGAGAAUGGAUAUUCUUAUCAAUGGAGUAUUAGUAGAUGAGUUAUCUUCGAUAGUACACUCCAGUCGUCUUGAAUAUAACGCUAGAAAACUAACUUCAAAAUUAAAGGAAAUGAUCCCGCGUCAAAUGGUGCAGGUAGCAAUACAAGCGGUAGUAGGUGGCAAAGUUUUGUCGAGAGAAACUCUCAAAGCCUACAGAAAGGAUGUUACAGCAAAAUUGUAUGGUGGUGAUGUGACACGAAGAAAGAAAUUAUUAAAACAACAAUCCGAAGGGAAGAAAAAAAUGCGAAGUGUUGCCAAUAUAAAAAUUCCAAGAAAUACCUUUAUAGAUGUGUUGAAAAAAUAAUAAUAAGUUUAAUUUAUUUUCAUAUUAAUAAUAAACUACUAGUAAAUAAGCAU